UUAUUAGCAAUAUGAUGUGAAUUGUGAAUUGUGACAUUUCUGUUUCGAUAUAUACCUACAUACAUAUCUAUUGUUUUAGUUUUGUGUGUUUAAAAUACCUAAAUAAUUUGAAACACUUGUUAUUUAUAAGUCUGCAUUUGAAAUGAUUUCGAUAACCCCAAUAUUUAUUUGUUAAAAGUAAAUGAUUUCUCUUCAACUUUGUUUCGCUACAAUUUUAUUUACUAUACAAAUAAAUCUAGGUGGAUAUAGGUAUAUCGAAGAUUGAAGUCACUCAUUGGAAGGUCUCUUUUGUUGAUGAAAUCGAAGACCUUCCCCAUGCUUGACUGAAGUAUCGAUGCGCGAGUGUUUGAGGUGCUAAAGUGACUUUAUUAGAAGAAUGGUAUAGUAAUCAAAGUGUUUAGUGGAAAAGACUGCAUAAGCAAUAAGCUAUAAUGACGUUUGUGAAUUGGUGUUAAAUAUUUGGUGCGAGAAAUAUCGAAUUGGAGAGAAUGGCGGUGAAGAAACAUGAACUGGUCGCUGACAAUCGAAAGCAGCUGGACCUCGCUACGCUAGCGCAGUACAUUCAGCUGAUGAACGAGCAGCCUACAUAUCUUCCACCCCCUUAUGAACUUGUUAAGAAUUGUCAAGAUAUUGUUAAAUGCCUAAGCCGCGCGACGGGCACAGAGCAGGAACUCUGGCAGUUGCUGCGGUCCAUCGAAGAGUUUCUACUCCGCGUUGUAAAUACGAUCAACUGUGAUGUUCGCCAUGAGAUCAUCACGGCAGUUAUGGAUAAAUUUUAUUCAUAUAUAUCUGAUCCACAAUCGGACGCGUGCCCAGCAACGUCCGUAGUAUUAAUAGUGAUUGACGAGUCGGAGGCGGAGGCUGGUCUAUCCUCUGCCCGAUGGCUCGUUCAGAAGGAGAGCGGGCCGGCGGGCGCUGGCCUGCGGUCCGCACUGUCGUGCCUGUACCGCUGGCUGGCUGAAUGGCACGGCACGCCUUCGCUGGGCAGCUGGAUCAUAUGCUUCAUUAAAGCGCUGGAGGAGAACGAGCUGUUUGAUAUAUUGAUCGAAGUAUCGGUUGAUAACAUCGCGAAUCUAUUCACGGCCAUUAACAAUCCGGUGCCGCUUCGGCAGACGGUUGCGGAUGUCAUCCUUCACGUUCUCGCUUCUUUGCAGGAGUCCGCCGAAGCCUUUGAUAGGAUAUCCCCACACGUGGGCGAAGUGCUGGUGAGCCUGGCCGAGGACAGUGGGCAGUGGAGCCGGCAGCUGCUGCAGAAUCUAGUCGAUAUUCUCACGGCCAUGAUGUACCACAACAUGGAGACUCUGAGAGGCGACGACCUGUACAUAUUCCGCGAUGAAUACGCGCACGUGAUCCAAUGCUUGGAGCGUCAUAUGGCAUCUGGCGAAUGUGAGCUAUUGCAACUUCAGCCGUGGAAAACCCGUAAAGUUGGACAACCAAGUAUGGAGGCCAAGACGCCCGUCCGGAAAGUGGGGCUGCUCAACCUGGGCAACACCUGCUACAUGAACAGCGUGAUGCAAGCCCUCCUGGUCGCGAGGCAGUUCAGCACCCACGUGGUGCUCAACAUGAACGCAGUGCCGUACUGGUCGAAGAUGGGCGUGCUGUUCGCUAAGAUGAUGCACUCGAUCACGACGAAGGUGAACCCGGGCGAGUUCUUCUCGGUGGUGAAGCCGCCGUUCUUCACGAAGGACAACCAGCACGAUAGCUCGGAGUUUUUGGGUUACCUGUUCGAGUUGCUGCAAUCUUACGAGCACAGCUCCGAUCGGAACUUCGACUACACGCACCCGGCAGUGUUGAAUGCGAACCGUUUUCGCUUCAUCCACCCGCACGCUCAGGCUUUGCCGUCUUGUCACUACAGCGAAGAGCAUUCGGAACCGAAUCGCUCUCGUCGCUCCUGCUCGCCCCGGCCCGGCAGCAGCACCGCUGCGGGAUCGUGCUCGAGCGUGCUGAAGCGGGUCGGGGACGGCGAUUCGAUGGGCUCGCAGAGGAAGCGGUCCCGCUUGAGCGAGACGGUGUUCCUGCGGCGCGACUCGUUCGUCGACUCGAUGUUCGGCGGCGUGCUGCUGACGCGCAUCGAGUGCGUGCAGUGCCGCUCGUCGUCGCUCUCGCGCGACGUGUUCCGCGACCUGCAGCUCGCCUUCCCCGAGAAGCCCGAGGGCUGGCAGCACAGCGUGCAGAGCCUGCUCGAGUACUACUGCUCCAAGGAGAGCCUCACCGGCGACAACCAGUACGAGUGCAACGACUGCGGCGGCCUCCGGGACGCCGAGCGCAGCGUCAUCAUCGAAACGACGCCCAAGUAUCUGAUACUGGUGUUGAAGAACUUCAAAUUCAACGCGAAGCUGCAGGUGCAGACGAAGCUGAUGCUGUCGGUGCUGCACAACAUGACGAUCACGCUGCCGACGGUGCGGUCGCAGCAGGACCACUCGUCGUACGUGCUGUUCGCGGCCGUGAUCCACGCGGGCACCACGCUCGACUCGGGCCACUACUACACGCUGGCCAAGGACCGCGACCAGUGGUUCAUGUACAACGACGACGUGGUGACGGUCGCGGACGAGAUGGAGCUGAGCAAGCUGAACCGCGCCAGCACGCCGUACAUCCUGUUCUACCGGCGCACCGACGUGGAGGAGGGCGCCGCGCCCGCGCUGGACCAGCUGCCGCCGCGCGUGCAGGAGACCGUGCUGGCGCACAACAAGGAGUACGUCGAGACCGUGCGCAACCUGUGCCGCACGCGCCCAUGACGGUUAAGGUCCGACAAGUUCGUCGACUUCUCCGUGCUGGACUACGUCGACUCGGAGUGAGCGGCCCCGGAUUCCGGCUCACCAAGGCGGCGCCCCCACGCUAUUUUUUGUUCGAAGCUUUUUCGG